AGACAGAAAGUGCACGUCAGAACAAGCCUGUUGGCUUGCCUGUGGUCUUGAAUGGUUAAGAGUUUUUAAAACAAUCCCUUCUCAUCCACAUCUCUCUCUUUCUCUCUCUCUCUCUCUCAACACCCUCUUGAAUGGUUUAGUUUGUCUGCUUAAUGCUGAAUCUUCUUGGUUUUAGCAACUAUCCACCUAGGGUUUGUGGCUGCAAGAGGGUCUGGGGCUAAGAUCUCAGGAAGCCAUGUCAUAGAGGAUCUCUGAGCUCAUUUAAUGAAUCUCAUGCUUUGUGUCAUCAUUCCCACAAAGUUGUUUAGAUUAAUAUAGAAAGGAAGAGGAUGAAUGAGACUUCUGCAUCUGCCUCAACAAAUCUAGCACCACCACCAAAGAGGAAGAGGAGUCUUCCAGGCAAACCAGACCCAGAAGCAGAAGUGAUAGCUUUGUCUCCCAAAAGCCUCUUAGCAACAAACAGAUUCGUAUGUGAUAUCUGUAACAAAGGGUUUCAGAGAGAUCAAAACCUUCAGCUUCACAGAAGAGGGCAUAACGUGCCAUGGAAGUUAAAGCAAAGGACAAGUGAAGUGGUGAGGAAGAAGGUGUAUGUAUGCCCGGAGCUAACGUGCGUUCACCAUGACCCCUCAAGGGCUCUUGGGGACCUCACAGGAAUCAAGAAGCACUUUUGCAGGAAGCAUGGGGAAAAGAGGUGGAAGUGUGAAAGGUGCUCAAAGCGUUAUGCAGUUCAAUCAGAUUGGAAAGCUCACUCUAAGAUUUGUGGCACUCGAGAGUAUAGAUGUGAUUGUGGAACCCUUUUCUCUAGGAGGGACAGUUUCAUCACCCACAGAGCCUUCUGUGAUGCUUUAGCACAGGAGAGUGGCAGAGCAAUCACAGCGACAAACUCACUUGUGUCCCCACAAACCCAACUCCAUAGCCAAGGAAUCCAGUCACUGAAAAGAGAAGAAGAACUACAACCAUGGUUGGCUUGUAAUUCACCACUAAAUCUCUCCUCCUCACAUCUAUUUUCAACAAAUUUAGACCACCACGAUCAAAACCCUAGCCCUAACACUAACCCUGAUUCUACACUACUCCUCCCUCCCUUUCAGCCAGCUGCUUCCCCACACAUGUCAGCAACUGCAUUAUUGCAAAAAGCAGCUCAAAUGGGUGUUACAAUGAGCAAGCCCUCACUCUCCCCUACAGCUGUUUCUUGUUUGGGUGUGUCUUCACGUGAUGAAAUGGGAAGUGGGUCUCAUGCCUUUGCCUUGGCAUCUUUUGGGAAUAAAGCUGCUGCAGCAGCUACUGCUGCUGCUGCUGUCACCAGUAGUACUAGUAGGACUGGAUUCAUUGAGCAUAAUUCUCUUCUUCAUGACAUGAUGAGCAUGACAUCUUUGCCUUGCUCAUCUGGGUUAGUUGAAGGAUCGUCCUUUGAAGAGGAUUAUCAUAGGAUGAUGAUGAUGAAUCCAAAAAGAGAGGGUGGUUUUCAGGAUGCUCUCUCAAAAGCAAGCAAAAGCAUUAAUGGAGGAGGUGGCAACGAUGGGCUGACAAGAGACUUUUUGGGUGUUGGAGCAAGAGCAGCAUUCUCUCAUAAAGAUUUUCUCAACAUGGCAGCCUUUGACUACAUCAAUCCUUCUUCAACAACAUACUCACACCAGCACAAUCAGAACCAACCACCUUUUAAUCACCUUUAGAAACAAAUUAUAGAUUUUGCUGGAUCAGGUUUGCUUGUUCAGAAUUAUCAAUUAUUUAGUGUUGUAAUUCAUCAUAUGUUUUUACCAUAAAUGGAGAAAUAUGCAAAGUGAUAAGCAUGCCUUAUUCAUUAUGCACAGAAUCUUUAAGAAAUUUAUUAUUAUUAUUUUUUUUUUGUCUUC